AUGUUUGAUGCAUGGGAUUUCUCGAGCCCGUUCGGGCUGUUGAUGGGCGACGAAAAUGGCCCAGAUGACCUCAUCUUGCGUCUAUCACAGGCCCCGUACCGGACAGACCUACACAUCUUCAAGACCGUCUCGAUCUCGCUCUCCGACAAUGACCAACGCGCCGGACUACCUAGUGCGUACGGCUUCCUGGUCGCCACGGGGGGCAUCAUGGGCUUCGUCAAGGCGUCCAGCGUCCCUUCCUUACUCGCCGGCACCGUCUCAGGCGGAUUGAUCGCGCUCGGCGCCCAUCGCUACCAGCAGAAAGGAAAGCCGGAUCUGAUCUUCGCCAUGAGCGUGAUCCUGGCCCUGCUGAUGGGCAACAAGUUCGCGGCCUCGAGGAAGAUGAUGCCUGCGGGGAUCACGGCAAGCUUGUCGCUCGUCAUGGCCGUCCGAUACGGGCUCAAAAUGCUCUAG